GUUUACAACUCGAGUCAAAGAAAACAUCAUCGCUAUCACUUUUGUUCUUCUGCGCUUCUCAAAUCGUUUGUAGGGGCUCUCAAGUUGGAAUCUAUGAAAAAAGUUAAUUACCUGUAAAUGCUGAGGGAUCAGCGAUUCGUUGUCCAUUAGAAUCUGGAGAUGGGGAAAACGUUAUCAAAACUCAAGAAGAAACAAAUUCAAAAUUGGAAUUCAGUUCCACAAAAUGCAUGGAUUUUGCAGUUUUCAUUGCAGUCAACACCACCAUUACAGGAGCAUCAGUUCAGUCGCCAUGCCAACAGAUGUCCAAUUUUCACAUGGCCAUGUCCAGAAUGGAUAGAAGAAAACCUGUUCCACAAACUUGGCCUCAUUGUCGUGCAGGCAUUUCUUGAGAACAACCUGGAGAUGCUUAUGCGUAUCAUAUCACAGCCAAACUGGGCAAUCGAGCCACUAGAUGACUUUGAAGCAAUUCUUAGAUCUAGUGAACAGCCUAAUGAUAUGAUGAAGCAAUUAGAAGAGAAUCUAUUGGAUAUAAAAUAUCAAAAUAAUGUAAGAUUCUUUUUGGAGAUGGAUAAGUUAAGGCAACUUGAAUUACUGAUAACAGACAGCUGUGAUCCACAAUCUCGCUUAAGGGAUGCUAUGAAGUGCAUGACAGAAGGGGUUGAGACAAGAUUGCCUCUUAUGGUCACAGAGUUAUCCUCUCAUGGAAGUAGUUUAAGCUCAGAGAGAGUCCCAACCCCAAAAUUUGAUAAUGUUUUGCCUCUCAACCCAACUGCACCAGAGGAAAGUUCUAAAAGUGGCAUUCAAGGUAGUACACUGGGUAAUCAUGACGUGGGGCAAUCUCAUGGAAGGAAUGAUGAACAAAAUAAUGGUGAUCAAAAUAGCCAAGGUUGUGAUGAAGGCAUAUCAAGGACUCCAUAUAAAAAUGAGAAUUCCAGUAGACCAAGUUGCGGUGUUUAUGAUAUGCACACUCUAAGGCAUUUUGAUCCUGAGAAUGGGCUUAUGGGGAUCUGUAGCCCGAAACAAUCAUGUGGCAUUUACCCUAGUGACAGUUGUACAGAAGAACAUGGGAAUUCAACAUUCAUGCCAGUCGUCAACUCAACUAUCACAUGUACAAUACCAUAUGUAACUCCACCACGCUACUCAACCAUCAUGUCUACCUCUCCACUGUCACAUAUCUCUGAAGUCUCUUCACUGAACCACAAUCGAGAAAGAUGGAAAUCAGCCUUGGAGUGCCCAAACACUUUAUCUCAGUCACACUCCCCAGUUACAAAUAAAGCACCCAUUGAUUAUCACCCAUUGAACACAAACUUGUCACCUUUGGAGGAUUAUCCUUAUCCUGUUGGUACUAUUUCAGGCUUGAAACUCAAGGGUAAUGACUCAUCAUCUGCUAUGGUACCCUCAUACGUACAGCAGCCUGUAGAUUCUUAUAAACGCCCCCCUAAAGUCUUCCAUCAAACCCCAGCUUAUUACUCAAGUUCGCAGAAUGACAGAAGCAGGGAGGAUGUGAUACAAUGGGCACAAGAAUCUCAAGGGAAGGAAUCCAGCAGUAUAAUGCAAACAGCACCUCAGUCGCACGACAGUGCAGACAAAUUCUCUUUACAGGCACAAGUUUCUGAGACAGGGAAUCAGAACUCUAAGAGAGAUUCUAAGGAUUCUAGUCAUUCACCAUAUUCAAGGAAAAGACAACAUGUAAAUUGCCCAUCUCUAUGCAAUGAAAGCAGACAAGCUAACAACCAGUGGAAAGAUGGUGCCAAUCACAAAGAUCCUACUGAUAAUCAUGAUAAGGAAGAUCUGAAAAUUGCUGACACUGAUACAAAUGCUAAUAAUUCUGAUGAGUAUACCAAUGGUCACGAAGAUAGUGAUCUUUGUAAAGAUGUACUCAGCAGUGAUACUGUUUUCAACAAGGAUGACAAUAAUAUUUCUGUCAUUAGCUGCAGCAAAAGUGAUGCUGUUUUGGCUUCCACUUCCACUUCCACUACUGAUACUACUUCUAGUAGCCCAUUUAAAUAUUUCCCAAUUCAUGGAUUUACCAAGGCUGCAAUGUCGCCAAUACCUGCUACUAAAAAAGUAACUGAAACAAAGCCUAUUUACAAUGUUCUACCAUUCCAUGGCCUAACAAGAGGGCAGUAUCAUACUCCACCAGAAUCCAGGGGAAGCACAGACUUGUCUUCGAAGACUUCAAAGCGACAAGCAAGUGAGGUUAUUGAAGGUGACUUAGGUAUUUAUCCAAAGAGAGUGAAGCUUGAAGAAUGUCUAGAUGGAGCUAGAGAAUCAGAUGGCGGGCUUAAGGGUGUGAACACAAGUGAUGAGGAAGGUUUCUUAUCGAAAACGGUCUUGACCAACUGUAGAGUUACUGAUGGGGAAGAUCAGAUUCAGAGCCAUCAUGAUUCUGAUAAUGAAUCAACAGAUGGGGACAAAGAAGAGGAAUGGCAUGAUGCUUUGGAGCCCUCUAAAAAUCACUGAAUAUAUCAUUAUUGGAAGUGACAAAUGGGUCAAUGCAAAACCUAAAAACUUCUCCCCCUCAACCAGGGGCGGAUCUAAGGGUUUUUCUGAUGUUUGAAUUAAAAA